GCGAGCUCAAUGGCUCGUGGAGGAGAGAGAGAGAGAGAGAGAGAGAGAGAUUUCUUUGCAUUGUUUUCGAGAUCGCGACGGCCGUCAGCUGCGAGCUUGUAGCAUUUUACUACUCGGCGCGCAUAAUGGCUUUUCAGUAGUACAACGCGUUCGAGUGCUAUAAACAAACAAGUAGUAACAGUCGAGCGAUCUUUGAUCUCGGCUGUAUACAAUACUGCACGCGGAACAAGUGGCGUAUAGCCUGCCAAGAUUCAAGUGGGCUGGAGUCGGCAGCAGCAGCGGCAGCAGGAGAAGAAGAGCAUCGCCGCAGCUCCGGACGCCGCCCCCUCUCCGGGUCUCUCGCACACAUCAGAGAGGGAGAGAGAGAGAGAGAGAGAGAGAGAGAGAGAGAGAGAGAGAGAAGAAGACAGAGCGUCGUGCGCACGCACUUGUCGAGGUGCGCGCGCGCCGGAGACGAGACCCGGGGACGGCGGGGAGCGAGCGCGCGCAUCGUCGGAUAGCAGCCACUAUACAUACUAUACACGGAGAGCGUAGAGCGCCAGCGAGAAAGAGAGAGAGAGAGCAGUUGCGGAGCAGCCAUCGAGUGCGUCUUCUCUCUCUCUCUCUCUGUCUCUCUCUCUUUCUCUCUCUUCCCCUCGGACACGUAAGAGCGAGAGGUGUAGAGAGAGCAGAGAGCAGUAGCCAUGGUGAGCAGCCCGGCAGUAGCAGCUCCUGGGGAGUGAGAGGAAGUGCGCGCUUAAUGUUGCCGAUGCCGCGAGACGACGCGAUAUGAUUAGCUGGCCAGUAACGAGGGAACGAAGAAGAAGACGAAGAAGGAGCAGCAGUGGCCAACAUCACGAUGAGGCAGCAGUACUCGGACAAGUGCAGCAGCAGCAGAAGAAGCAGCAGCAGCAGCAACAGCAGCAGCAGCUCGUCCCAGCAGCAGAAGCAGCAGCUGAGAGUCGGGCUCCUCGCUGCAGCGGCUUGAAUCGGCUGCAGCCGCAGUCCAGUGCUGGAGCAUCGCUAGCGGGGCUCGAGCAGUACCUGCAGCCGGCCUCGCGAUGUCGCUCGCCUGCGGCUACUCCGAGAUCACGUAGUAGCGCCGUAGCAGCCGCUUACUGCACGGACGACCACGACGACGACGACUACUACUACUACGACUACUACUACUACCGCAGCUACCUGCACUACGUCAUGUGAAUAGAUCGUCGCCGCUGUCCCCCAUCGCAGACAAGCAGCAGUGGUCGCUCACGCACACACGUACGCUGCGCGCACUCCUCUGCGGAUAGAUAGGGGCAUAGAGAGAUUGCGCGAUCGUGUGUGUGCCUCGUAAUAAUAGUGAUAGCUACAUAAUAGAGAGCUGAGAGGGAGAGAGAGAGAUCUGCCGGAGCGCGCGCGCGCGCGCGAUGCAGGAUGCUGCACAAGAGGGCUCGCUUCUAGUGGAAUCCGCGUCGACCAGCCGAGGCAACGAGGAAAAACACAGAGGAGCUCGCUGCUGAGAUUAAGGAAGAGGAGGAGGAGGAGGAGGAGGAGGAGGAGGCGGGGGGUGUGUGCUUGCGAGGUAGCGUAGUUGGAUCGGCGGCCUCACGGUGAAGAUCUGGCGCGAGAGGCGCCAGCGCGGCGGCAGCGGGAGCGGCGCUGGCCCAGGAGCUGCUACGCUGCAGCAGAUGGCGGCCCAGGGGCCCCCAACGACGAGUCAGGCUCAGCAGUCUGCUGCUGCUGCUGCAGCUGCGCUCGCACAACAGCAGCCGCAGCAACUGCAGCAGCAGCUCGAGCCGACAGUCGUUGUCGGACACGGGCACACCUUCGCCAAGAAGACCUUCCACAAGCCGACCUACUGCCACAGCUGCACCGACAUGCUCUGGGGCAUCAUACAGCAGGGAUACAUUUGCGAAGUUUGCAACUUCGUGGUGCACGAGCGCUGUCUCAAGACCGUCGUUUCUCCCUGCUCCAGCAUCUCGGCAAACCUCAUUAAGAACCCGGUGGCGCAUUGUUGGUCCGAGCCGGUACACCACAGGAAGAAAUUCUGCAACGUUUGUCGGAAGCGGCUCGAUGACAAUCUGUCCAUACACUGCGAAAUAUGCGAGUACUACGUUCACACGGAAUGCCAGGACUUUGCGGUGGCGGACUGCAAGGAGAACGCGACGUACCUGCCCGGCAAGGAUCUGUCGUCGGUGAAGCACACGCAUCACUGGCGAGAGGGAAACCUUCCGAGCACCUCCAAGUGUGCCCUGUGCAGAAAGACCUGCUUCUCCGUCGAGUGCCUGGCCGGCUAUCGAUGCGAGUGGUGUGGCAUGACGUCGCAUGCCGCCUGCUACAGGGAGAUCCCCGAGGAGUGCACCUUCGGCAUGCUCGAGCCGAUCUACCUGCCGCCCCACGCGGUCAGCAUUCCACGGACGGAAGUACCCAUGGAGGCCAUAAUCGGGGUGCAAGUGCGCCGAAAAGAAAUCCUGGCGCAGGAGAACAGCGGCGAGCAAUUCGAUUUUGCGGAGAGCGAACGUGUCGGCGACGCGGCGGGGACGGGCCGCCGGCUGGCCGCGGCUUUGAGGCGGCUUUCACUAGUUUUGCCACGUAGCUGCCAUGGAAAUUGUCAUGCUUCCCCUCCCUACGUCGAAGCGCGCAGCAUCUCGGAGGAGUUCAGCAGCGGCGACACGCGCUGCCGGGACAACGAGGAGCACGCGGCGCAGCCGAGCACCGGGACACAUCGAGAUCCCCGGUCCGGCAAGGAUAAGGACGACAAGGAACGAGACGAAGAGAUGAUCAAAGUAUACGACGGCAGCAAUUCCCUGAGACGGCGAAUAUUCCGAGUGAUCAGCGUGUCCCGACAGGCCACGAUCGAGCAGAUCCUGACGCUGGCACUGCAAGCAUUCCACAUUACCAAGGACCCGAGCAAUUUUUACUUGACCGACCUGUACACGAACGAGGAGACACCCCUGUGCGAUCCCACGCCGAUCUCCAACCUGACGCGCAAGGAAGCCAAACGUCCGGCUGUCUUUCUGCGAUACAAGGAUGUGGAGAGCGGCGAGGUGCGCGUGUACCCGGGCAAGCUGCAGGUGUCGGACGCCUUCUGUAUAGUUUCCGUGACGGAGUCGACGACGGUCGCCGACCUGAUAAAAGAGGCGAUCCUGCGCUUCGGUCUGGAGAACAACAACUGCGAGAACUAUCGCUGCAGCGAGAUCCUCCUAGAUCGCGGAGCGGUGACGGAACGAGUGCUGACGCGGGACGAGCGGCCGCUGGAGAUCGUGAAGCUGCUGGGGAAGGACUCGAUCAGGCAAAUGGAAUUGAUGCGGUUCUACCUCCAGUUGAAGCAGGACCCGCACGGGCCGAACCUCGCUCUGUUCGUUGGCAACCUGCCGCCCGGACUCUCCGAGCGCAUGUACGAGAACAUGCUCAUGGAGUUCCUGGGCAGGGAGAACAGGUUCUCCUCGAUCGGGCCGAUCUACUACGAGUACGGUUCGAUGGUGAUAAUUUACGAGGACUCCAACACGGCGGUGCGCGCGCUCUACACGCUCCGCGAAUCCAAAUACGAAGACAAGCAUCUCCUGGUGAUGCUGCUUCCGAGCAUCGAGCCGAGCAUGGUGCCGUCGGGCGUGCAGCCGCUGCUCGUUUUUGUAAAUGUCAAGUCGGGCGGCUGCCAGGGCCUGGACCUCAUCUCGAACUUCCGCAAGCUGCUCAAUCCGUACCAGGUUUUCGACCUGGACAACGGCGGUCCGCUACCCGGACUCUACGUGUUUCGGCACAUCAAGAACUACAAGAUUCUGGUCUGUGGCGGCGACGGCACGGUGGGCUGGGUCCUACAGUGCCUGGACAACGUCGGCCAGGACAGCGAGUGCUCCUCGCCGGCGUGCGCGAUCGUGCCGCUCGGUACCGGCAACGACCUGGCUCGAGUGCUAAGGUGGGGAUCGGGCUACACCGGCGGCGAGGAUCCUCUCAGUCUGCUGAGGGACGUCAUAGACGCGGAGGAGAUUAGGCUAGACAGGUGGACUGUUGUCUUUCAUCCCGAGGAGAAGGAGGACAAGUUUCAGGCGCUCGUACCCAAUAACCAGGUGGUCGCAGGAUCGACUAGCGAAGACAAUACGCAGAUAUACGUGAUGAACAACUACUUCGGCAUUGGGCUGGACGCAGCUCUGUGCCUGGACUUCCACAACGCGCGCGAGGAGAACCCCAACAAGUUCAACAGCCGACUGCACAAUAAGAGCGUCUACGUCAAAAUGGGACUGCGCAAGAUGGUCGGCCGCAAACCCUGCAAAGACCUGCAUCGCGAGAUCAGGCUCGAGGUCGACGGCAAGGUCGUCGAACUACCGCAGGUCGAGGGCAUCAUCAUCCUCAACAUUCUCAGUUGGGGUUCCGGCGCCAAUCCCUGGGGUCCCGACAAGGAGGAUCAGUUCAACAAGCCGAACCACUGGGACGGCAUCCUGGAGGUCGUCGGCGUCACCGGCGUCAUUCACCUCGGACAAAUUCAGUCGGGGCUUCGCAAUGGCAUGCGGAUAGCUCAGGGCGGACACAUAAAAAUCCACUUGCACUCGGACAUCCCGGUACAAGUGGACGGCGAACCUUGGCUGCAAAGUCCCGGGGACGUCGUCGUACUGAGAUCCGCGCUGAAGGCGACCAUGUUGAAGAAAAAUAAGAUCAAGCGUCGGAAUACCGAACCGUCGAUCCUACCCGCUAACGGGGAGGGGGGCAAGAGCACGGACGAGUAGAUGCCAAAGCCAACGUCCCCCCUCUCAUAUAAUUACAAAUUGUAGACAAAAAUUAUAUAUACGACUCUCGUUGAGCGGCUCGCUAUGUAUAAAAUACUCUGAUUAACGAACGCACACAUCAUACACACACGCGCAGACCUAUUCGCGCGAGGUUCAACCUUUCGGAGUGUUUUUUUGGGCAAAGAUAAACUCCGAGAAGCUCGGCGUUAACUGCGUAGUGAGGAAACCGCGUGCUUAAGAUAUAUAUAUAUAGGCCGAGAAAAACGAUGUAUAUCGAAAGAGUGUAUAGAUGGACGGCGAGGCGAUUUUCAUGUGGAGACUCACGGGGCGUCCGCGCGACACGAUGCCAAUGAAAGCGACAUGUUCUAAUUGUCCUAUAUGCUUAUUUUUCCAGAGUACAAAAUACGAUACACUAUAUAAUAUAUAUAUAUAUAUAUCUGUGCGUUAUCUAAGUAUAAAUAUAAAGAGAAUAUAAAUAUAUAACGAAAGGUGGACGCCCCGUUUGACGCGAAAGUCGCUUCCGCGGUCGUCGUCGUGCGCCGUUUUUCUCGGUUUGGAAUGACGAAACGAUGUAUACGUGCGAUGCGACGCAUCGAAGCUAUAUACUUUAACUAUUCGCUCAUGUUAUUCUUUCACUCUUCCCUAUCUCUCUCUCUCUCUCUCUCUCUCUCUCUCUCUCUCCCCUUUUCUCUCGCAACGUGUCUUUGCGAAUAACUCUCGAUCUCACAUGUGGCUAUAAUAUGUUAUACAGUGUUGUUGUCCGUUGCAUGCGCGGUAUGAAAUGCGACCGUUUUUUUUCGGGCGAACGAUCACUCGGCAAAAAUGACGUCAGACGGAGAGCCGCUUUAAACAAAGUAUACAUAUAAAUAAAUCAUAUAUUAGACAUAUUAUUCUAGUCAAGGGAAGUUCUCUCUCCUUAUCCUCUUUUUCGACAAUCACGUGUACGAAGAUUUAUUUUUACAUGAUGUCAUAGUUUUUUCGACAGAUUGAUCAUAUCGUAGUAUCCUAGUGUGAGAAUACAAUAUUAUAUUGUUAUACGAUUAUAUUGCAUUAUUAUACAUAUUCGACACGUAUAGAUUAUAUAGUUGACUCUCUCGCAUGUGUAUACUUGCAGUUUUUCUAUAGAGUCACAUUAACGCGCGCAUAUGUAUUAUAUAGAGAUCAGGUGUAUAAUUAUAACGUCUAUAUAUAUAUAUCAGAGUUUAUUGUAAUAACGAGAAGCAUUAAGGUGAUAUAUUACGUACUUAAGUAGGUCGCGCCCGACGACGACUAUAGUUGACAGAGAGAAAACUUUAAUAAACGUUGUUGACCAUAUAUUAUAAUCGAAGCGGCGGCUGUUGCUCGUUCUUUUUUCUUCUUUUACAUUUUGUCGAGUGAUCGAAUCGCGACGAGAAUUCGCUUCUCGAGCUACUGUGCGAAGGGAAAAUCAAUACGAUCGUGCUUAUCGAAUACUUAUAUAGCGAUGUGUAUCAUAUUAUGUAUUCAGUAAGUAUAUUCUAUACCGACUUGUUACGAUAGAGAGAGUUGAAUUUACGAAAAUUUUAGAAGCUUCUGGCUUUUUUAUCAAGUAUACAAAUUAUAACAUAGUUUAAUAUUAGAGAAGCUAUAUCUUAAACGAUGAAAAUUCACGCGCGCACGCAUCGCAGAGGCACGACUAAUUCGCUAUUGAGAAUUUCCAUGGGGGAAAAAAAAAAGGUUACUACCCUGCCACUUCGAGUCAAUAUAUGUAUAUCUUUCGCUCUCCAUCUCUCAGUGCAAAUUCUCGCAUACGAUUUUCCCGACACGUACACAUACACAUACGCAUCUACAGACAUACUGCACCUGCAGCGACGACAUUUACAUUUUGGUACAUGCCUGCAACACACGAGUAGUUUCUCUCUCCACUUGUGGUCGGGUUAUACACAGCAGACCCUAUCUCCCUCUCGCGUAAGCUUUUCUCGCAUAUACACGUAGACUGUAUACCGGCUAUUAUCCGCUUACCACACAUGCCAUUAUGUCCGUCACUUGCGCGUACAGUAGAGUAAAAAGUCCAUACGACGCAACACGCCGUUUUCCUUUUCUCUUUUCUCAACUGGCUAUUCUAUCACCAAGCUUAUACUUACACACGUGACGAUGACGAUGAUUUUUUUCCUAUACUGCUGUAUAACCCUGGUUCAAAGUCUUCCUGUAUAUUAUAUACGAUGUCGAACUAUCCCUCUGCUCUUUUUCUCUCUAUCUCUUUUCUCUCUGUCUUUCUCUCUCCUUCCUUCUCUCCUAGAUGAUCAUUCAGGUCGCCGUUCUAUUUAUGCGCCCUUUUAUCGUAGACCGAUUAUUAUUACUUAUACAUUAUAUACAUACCCUGUAUUUAAUUAGCCGUAUAUUUUGUAUGAACUUGCAUUUCUCGCAUUUGGAGGCUUAUUAUCCUUUCUCAAGCUUUGGACAUUGUGAUUUUGUAAAUAUGUAUGUAAUCUUUCGUUACACAUAUGUGUGCAUCUGUAUACAAUUCGAGAAAGCUAGUCAUGGCGCGUAUGUGCUAGCUGCGAAAGGAUGAUUUUUCCAAGUGCGCUACUGUAUUUCUUUUUUUUUUGGACCUGAUCUGUUGUACUUUAUAUACCAUCAUAGUCAUGCGUAUGUAUUAACUUUAGUAUAUCAGUGAUGUAACGUAUCUGUAUUUAUAACGUUUUGUUUUUCUUUACAAGUAUAUAUUGUUUUAUUUUCUAUUUAUUUGAGCGCCGAGUACUUGCGUAGUGCAUUAAGUAGGUAUACGUAUGUAUCUAUCGUUUGUCACGUAACUAUGUACCAUAUAAAUUGUUAAAUUAAUGCCAAUAUUUUUGUUUUUCUCUGUAUUUUUUUACUGUGUUUGGCCUCUUUAUUUGCGCUCUCUCUCUCUCUCUCUCUCUCUCUCUCUCUCUCUCUCUCUCUCUCUAUUAUGCUGUGUGAUCGCGAGCUGAUAUGAAUUUUGUUUUUCUAUAUAGAUUACAUACUUACAUACAGCCAACGUUCUGCGAGAAAUCAGUUAGCUAACCAUUAAAAAAAUCAGCCAGCAAACGAUUUCUCACAGAACGAAAGCUUCGCACUCAGCCUCUCCACCUUCCAUACAUCAUAUAAUAUAUCACAGCUAUAACGUUGUUGGGAAAUCUGAAAAAAAUUAAACACCCAAACACACAUGGUAAUCCGACCAGCAUACAUAGUCGGACUAUCAUAUACAUCACAAAUAACACACCCACACAGUACGCUAAAAAAGAAUGGCAAAAGUGAACCCAAAAAAAUCUGUCUCGACCGCGCACAGGCGACGAUGCUGAGGAAGCCGAAGAGCAAAUGACGAAGGAACACGGAGUCGAGCGGCGGCCAACAGCAGCAGCUCGCGCUCCAGGCACCAACGGGUUCCAGCGGCCAGACGAGUUCAUCAGCUGCUGCAGCGGGUACACCUACAGCACCGAACGAGCCGGACUCGGCCGACGACCUGUGAGCGCGAUCAUCGACUCCGUUAACGUUAGACAUGCAUACACACACAGAGACACGCGCGUUGUACAUCGAUUUUCAAAGAGCAGAGAGAUGUAUGAUGCGGGGAGGAUAAUUAUAAUACGCUUGAAAAGCGACGACGCGGACGGUUGUGCUCGUCGCGGAGGGAGACGUGGGCCGGCGGAAGCUUCAUGGCUUUUCCGCUGCUCCCCGACUCUCCCUUUCGUUCAGAUAAACUUAAUACACUAAUAAUAAUAACGUGAAGAAAAAAAUAAAACACACACUCAUACAAACACACUCGAGAUAGCGGCGAAUAUACUUCAUCCUAUGUUUUCCGGCACACAUACGCGCUCUGUGAACGAAAGCCGAUCGAUCGCUUCUUUUUCGCGAGGGACGAUGUGUUUUUUGUAUACCGAGAGAGAGAGAGAGAGAGAGAAAGCAUAAUUAUAUGUAAAGCCUUGUUUCGCGUGAGCUAUUGUAAUAGGCUGAUGCUGUACUCUCUGGUGCGCCAACGAAAAACACGCAUUAAUUCGCACAAACGAUCUCCUCGUGUUUUUUUCUCGCGUUUACCGAUUGAACGUUGUUAUUAUAAACACGUGUAAGAAGAUUUGAAAAAACCAAACUGUAUAUCGUUUCGCCGCGUACUUUCCCUCUCCGUAUACACUAUACGUAAAGGCAAUGUUUAUCGCACGCAAUUACGCGCUCUAUAUAUUUUUAUCGAACUUAACGGAAUCUCCAGAAUGACACGUUAUAUAUGAUACACGUAUUGCACAAUCUACACACACACAUAAAGACAGGAAUCCCGGCGAAGCGACCUCUCGCUUAGCAAUUUUUAUCGAAAUUAUUAUUAUGCACAAGAAAUACAUUAUAAUACACGCAAAACACGUACAAACAAAAAACGCCGCUGCGCGCGAUAUGAUAAACACAGCGCGCGAUGACGACGUCGCGCGCAUAAUAGGAGCGAAAUAAAAAAUAAAUAAAAAUAAUAAUUUUAAAAACGGCGAAUCGUACAUUAUUAGCAUUUACUCGUCAUCGUGACGGCGCUAGUCGCGUGUCACGAUGUAAAAGAAAAAAAAAACAAAUUUAAGUAAAUAAUUAAAUGAAGAGAGGAUAAGAGAAAGAGAGGAAGAUAGUACACUUGUUAGAGAAAGAGAAAAAAAGCGAGCGCGAACGAGAGAGAGAGAGAGAGAGAAAAAAGCCGGUUGUUAUUACUGCAUUACUCUAUGAAAUAUUUACGAUCGAGUGGAUAUAUGAUCGCCGCCGCACAGACGUUUUCCUUUCAAUCAUUCGUUAUACCGUACUCAUACACACAUAUGAUAAUAUACAUAUUAUUAUGUUUCGACUAUACAUUUAUUGCACACGUAUGUACAUUCACGAUGCAUCGGAUAUAUCAAUUCGUUGUACACACUACGUUGCCGCAUCGUGUCUGAAUAAUUCUCUCGCGAAUAAAAAGUAGCCUCUUCUCCAAAGCUCUCGCGCGAAUUAUUCAGCACAUCACGUGCGCAGUAGUAUACAGCCUCUCUCGCGCGCGCAGGAGGAUGUGUACGUAUGUGUAGCCUCGAAAAAAAAAAAAAAAAGAGAGAGAAAAACGUGCGCGGAGCUUAAUUUGACCGUAUGCAGGCCAAGUGGCACGUGCUCCUUUCCUUCGGACGAAUCAAACGCGCGAUGUGCUCUGUACUAUUGUGUGAACGUGUAUAUGCGAUGUGAGGCGACGAUUUUUCCUCUCAUGUUUUGUUGUUUUGCCGGCGAUCGGUGUGACAUCCCGAGAUACAGGGACGGCACGGUGCCAAAGACAGAUUACACAUUAAACUCGAGAGCUGCGCGUAUAGAGACGUAUAUUAUAGACGUAUAAUCGACUGUUGAGCCGAUCGCCGUGUAUAAAGUCUGUACUUUUUGUUCUCGAUUCUUUGUGUUCCGAUGAAGACGUAUACUUAUACUUGAGAAUCUUCGGAGUGUGUGUGUGCGUGUGUGUGUGUGUGUGUAACGAGAUCAAUCCGCAGCGCGUCCGUGGACGGUCCCGCGGACAGAGCGUGUGCCCGAGAUAAGAGAGAGAAAAAUCAAUUCUGGUGUAUAAAGUGCACACACAUACACACACACUGCGCUGCUCCCCUUCCUAUAUACGCUAGCUAAAUAUCAAUCUAUGUAACACGUAUACGACGGCGAGAGGCGUUUCUUAUACUCGAAGGAUAUGCGUGUAAGCGACGGAGACUAUACGUUUUCAUUAUACGGAUUACUCUGUAUUAAGCCACUGUAGACAGGAAGACAGGAUUUCUCAUUUCAACGUCUACCAUUAUUAUUAUUAUUCAUUAUUGAUUCAUACGAGGAUUAUAAAUAUAGCUGUAUAUGGACUGGUUGACACAAUGCGUGCGUUCGCGAUUAGACGGUCGAACGUUAAAGCGACACGACUGCUCAACGGAGUAUCUUAUAUAGUGUGUAAAGCCGCGGAGGGAGAGAGAGAAUUCUAUUAUAUGAAGAAAUUUCCCUAUUAUACAAAUAUACGAGAGAUAGAGAGGCGUUUUUGACGACGAUGAUCUGAUAAACGAUGAUGAUGACACACGCAUAUACACACACGCACACGCAACAAACAGAGAUACGUAAAAUAAAGCGCAAAACUUAUAAGUGAACAAAAAAAAAAAAAAAAUAUUG